AUGGCCCAGUGGCAGGAGCUGCUCAAACUGGACCCUUUGAUGCAGAGCAGAGUCUGUCGUUUGUAUGAAGGGAAGUUUCCUCGAGAAAUCCGCCACUGUCUCAGCCACUGGAUCGAGACUCAGAACUGGGAGACGGCUGCUGCAGAUGAAGCCACGGCGAACGCAACUCUGGAGGCUCUUUGUUUCAAACUGGACGAACUGAAAAACAAGUCUCAUCACAACAACAACGUCCUGAUGGGGCCCGACUUCUCCGCCCUGAAAGACUUUGUGAUGAAAAGCGGCGUUGAGGAGCAAAAGCAACAAGAGCUUUACAACAAAGUGACAGAAUUGAACAGACAGACUUGGGAAACUGAGCGAGAAAUCAAGUCAUUGGAGGCUUUGAACGAGCAACUGGUUUAUAUACAAAGGACAUGGGAAAGUCAAGUGGCAAAGAUGAAAGGACUCUCUCGCCAGAUGGUCGAACAGGAAUGUACGAAACAAGCCAACUUCAUCGUGCAGACGCAGCAGGUGGUGGUGGACCAGAUCGUGAGGUCGGUGAAUCUUGGGGCUCAGAUCGUUCAGAAGCUGAUUUCUGAGGAGCUCCCCGAGUGGAAACGCAAGCAGCAAAUGUUCUGCAUCGGAAAACCAGUCUGCACCAGUCUGGAGCAUCUGGAGAAAUGGUUCAGUCGUGUGGUGGAGACUCUUCUGCAGAUCGUCCAACAGCUGAAGAAACUUGAGGAGCAGAGCAGACCCCAGACCAGCCCUGUGCCCGGCCUCUCUGGCGUCCUCCCCACGAUCACCGCUUUCAUCAAGUCCCUGAUCACCAAACUCUUGCAAAAUGCUCUGGUGGUGGAGAAGCAGCCGGUGAUGUCGAAGACCCACAGACCAUGUAUUCUCAAAACUCACAACAGGUUUUCAGUGUCACUCAGACUCACAUUCUGGGGGCCAACCAGAUCCCCGGCUUCAUCGCCUUCAGCUCUCCUCUGGCAUGCCCGACAGCGAUCAGAGCGUCACCUCAGCCCUUCUCUUCCAUCAACUAACACCACUACUACACCACCCAACACCAUCGACAUUGCUGCAGUGUGUGGGAUGGCACCCAAAAACAGCCGGAUUGUCGGAGGCCAGGCUGCACCUGAUGGAGCCUGGCCCUGGCAGGUCAGUAUCCACAGAGGAGGAGGUCACUCCUGUGGAGGCUCCCUCAUCAACAACAUGUGGGUGCUGAGCGCGGCGCACUGCAUGAGUGGUGAUGCCAGUAAAUACUCUGUGUUCAUCGGGCGUCAAAGCCAAGAGGGCCCCAACCCCAACGAAGUGAGUCGCACCAUCACUCAGUUCAUCAACCACCCGGACUACAACGAGGCCACCCAAGAUAACGACAUGUCACUGCUCAAGCUGUCCUCCUCCGUCACCUUCACAGACUACAUAAAGCCUGUGUGCCUGGCGGCCUCCGGCAGUGCCCUCCACAGUGGCACAGACACCUGGAUCACAGGCUGGGGGGACAUCAAUUCUGGAGUUCCUCUGCCGCCGCCACAGAACCUGAUGGAGGUGGAAGUGCCCAUCAUCGGGAACAGACAGUGCUUUUGUAACUACAACUCAACCAUCCGUAUCACAGACAAUAUGCUGUGUGCGGGACUGAGCGAGGGAGGCAAGGACUCCUGCCAGGUGCUGUUUUUAGUCAAUUUGUCCAUGUUCAAGAGUUUUCUCAAAGUGGAGCCUGUAUUUGACAAGUUUCGUCAAUUUGUGCUGACGGCAAAGCAGAGCAAGUGGUUGGAUGUUUACACGCCCGACGGAGGCCUGGUGGCGGAGUUUGAAAAUCUGUCUGUCAAGGAGCAAGGGAAGAAUGAGAGUCCUAUUUGUGUCACGGAAGAGCUUCAUUUUAUUACAUUUGUCACCAAUGUUCAAAUGCCUGGAUUCGAAUGCCAGAUUGAGACCAGUUCUCUUCCUGUGGUGGUUGUGACCAAUGUGUGUCAGGCUCCGAGCGCCUGGGCCUCAAUCAUGUGGUACAACCUGCUCUCUGCCAACAAACCCACGUCUCUGUCUGUGUUCCUGGACCCUCCUCCUCUGCCCUGGCAGCUCCUGUCCCAGGCCCUGAGCUGGCAGUUCCUCGCUGCUGGAGACCGAGAGCUCAGUGAGGACCAACUCUGUGAUCUCAAACUCAAAAUAGUCGUGGAUCCUGAUGAUCUUGUCUAUUGGAAAAAAUUUGCAAAGAAUUAUGGGCCGUGGAUUUGGAUCGAUGGCAUUUUGAGCCUCAUAGAAAAGCACUUGAGGGAGAUCUGGCGAGACGGGUGCAUCAUGGGAUUUGUGAGCAAGGCCAAAACCAGACAGCUUUUACAGAACAAACAAAGCGGAAACUUCCUGCUGCGCUUCAGUGAGAGCAGCAGAGAGGGCGCCAUCACGUUCAGCUGGGUGGAACACAGCAACGGAGAAGUGAAUGUUCAUGCCGUGGAGCCGUUCACAAAGAAGGAUCUGACGGCCAUGCAUCUGCCAGACAUCAUCUAUCACUACAGUCUGCGAAUUCAGGAGCGGAAGACCAGCAGUCCCCUGGUCUAUCUGUUCCCGGACAUCCCCAAGGACUCUGUGUUCGGACCCUACUACACCACCCAAGAAACCACCCCAGCAGUCAGCAAAGACGGUUAUGUGAACAGAACCCUCAUCAGUGUCUCUGACUGCCCCACUCCGCCUCCAUCUCCUACCAGAGAAGUUCACAUGGAGACAGAGACAGACAGUCUGCAGGGCCCAUGGUCUGUGUCCAACGACGAGCUGCUGAAGGAGUUUUUCCCCGAUGUUUUGGACCCUUCCAUUCUUCCUGCGCCUUUACCGUCUUUUGAACCUUUGUUUCCGAUGCUGAACAAUCUUGACUCCCGCUCUUGCUGCUUCGGCAUCGGCGCCUCCUCCAGCCACACAGACGCCAGCUUGUUCUCCAAGACCCCGCAGAAUAAUGUCGCUGUCCACCGCCAGCCUUUGCGGUCCGCUGCCUCCUCUCCUUUGCGACAUUUCUGCACGAAAACAGAGGGAGCGGUAGUCGUGGAGGAGCAGCCGAAGAAGGAUGCGACAGACGCGGACAAGAGAAGAAAUCCAGGUAUUCUCCCCAGUCUGGAGGACCUGCUUUUCUACACAGUGGCUGAGGGCCAAGAGACAAUCCCUGCCCACAAGUUCCUGACUGCCCUGAAAACCACCGGCCUGCGCACUGGAGACCCCCGGCUGAAGGAAUGUAUGGAGACACUCAAAGAAACACUGAAGCAAACUGAAGAUGGAGUCACACUGGACCGACACUUGUUCAAGAAAUGUGUCCAGAGCAACAUAGUUCUCCUGACUCAGGCUUUCCGGAAGAAGUUUGUGAUUCCGGAUUUCCAUCUGUUCACGACGCACAUCGACGAGUUGUACGAGAGCGCGGGGAAACUGGAUGGAGGACAGGUGGCAGACUACAUUCCUCAGUUGGCAAAGUUCAGUCCAGACCUGUGGGGCGUGUCUCUGUGCACGGUGGACGGACAGAGACACACCGUGGGAGACACAAAGGUCCCGUUCUGUCUCCAGUCGUGUGUCAAGCCUCUGAAGUACGCUGUGGCGGUGCACGACCACGGCACAGAGUACGUCCACAGCUUCAUUGGCAAAGAGCCCAGCGGCCUGCGCUUCAACAAGCUCUUCCUUAAUGAAGAAGACAAACCCCACAACCCUAUGGUGAACGCCGGCGCCAUCGUUUGCACGUCUUUGAUAAAGCAGGGGGAAGGCACAGCAGCGAAAUUUGAUUAUGUCAUGAACUUCCUAAAGCAGAUGGCUGGGAAUGAAUACGUUGGCUUCAACAAUGCUACAUUCCAAUCGGAGCGUGAGUCAGGGGACAGGAACUUUGCCAUCGGCUACUAUCUCAAAGAGAAGAAGUGUUUUCCUGACGGCACAGACAUGACGUCAGUUCUGGACUUCUACUUCCAACUGUGCUCCAUUGAGGUGACCUGUGAGAGUGCGAGUGUCAUGGCGGCGACUCUGGCGAACGGCGGGAUCUGUCCCAUCACCGGAGAGCGAGUGCUGAGCCCCGAGGCCGUGAGAAACACCCUGAGCCUCAUGCACUCCUGCGGCAUGUACGACUUCUCCGGACAGUUCGCCUUCCAUGUGGGACUUCCAGCCAAGUCCGGAGUGGCAGGAGGCAUCCUGCUGGUGGUUCCUAACGUGAUGGGAAUCAUGUGCUGGUCUCCUCCUCUGGACAAACUGGGAAACUCUGUCAGAGGCAUCCAGUUCUGCACGGACCUGGUAGAGCUCUUUAACUUCCACAACUACGACAACCUGAGGCACUUUGCAAAGAAGUACGACCCACGGCGUGAAGGCGGCGACCAGCGGCAGCAGUCGCGCAGACCCAUGGAUUACGAGAGUCUUCAGCAGGAGCUCGCUCUCAAAGCCCCUCUGUGGAAAAAAGUGUGUCCCACCGAAACCAACCAGGACAGCUCCACCACUGUAGUCUAUAGGAUGGACAGUACGGCCAGCGAGGUGAAGUCUGUGAUUAAUCUGCUGUUUGCGGCCUACACUGGAGACGCCUCAGCUCUCAGGAGGUUUGCGUUGUCUUCGAUGGACAUGGAGCAGAGAGAUUACGACUCCAGGACGGCUCUUCACGUCGCCGCAGCUGAAGGACACACUGAAGUGGUGCGUUUCCUCCUGGAAGUGUGUAAAGUCAAUCCAGUCCCCAGAGACCGAUGGGGAAACACUCCACUGGACGAAGCGAUUCACUUCGACCACAAGAAGGUGGUGGAGCUCCUUCAGCAGUUUCAGGACAGUGCGCCCCCUUGUGUCCACGACCCGCUCCGUGAAGAGAAGCACCUGGACAGUCUGUACUAG